UAGUUUACUAUCUCGAGGCAGAUAUUCUUCUAAAAUGUCAUCUGUCUGGAGUAAACAAAUGAUUCAGAAUCUAUAAAUACAAAGGCAAUGAGUUUUACGGUUAAAUCUGUGUGUUCUCCAGGAGUGUUUGCAGUGAAGUCAGUGUCAGUGACGGAGGGAGAUUCAGUCUCUCUAAACUCUGAUCUCACUGAAAUGAUGGAUGAAGAUCUGAUUCUGUGGAGGUUUGGAGAUGAAAACACUUUAAUUGCUAAAAUCGUUGUACUGGAGGACAGCAUGACUGUAUAUGAUGAUGUUCCUGAUGGGAGAUUCAGAGACAGACUGAAGCUGGACGAUCAAACUGGAUCUCUGACCAUCACAAACACCACAACUGAACACACUGGAGUUUAUACACUGAUUAAAUAUCGUGUGAGCAAGAGUUUCAAUCUCACUGUCUAUUCUCGUCUGCCUGUUCCUGUCAUCAUCAGUAACUCUUCACACUGUUCAUCAUCAUCAUCAAAUUGUUCAGUGGUGUGUUCAUCAUCAGUGUUGAGUGUGUGUGACGCGACUCUGUCCUGGUACGCAGGAAUGAGUGUAUUGUCCAGCAUCAGUGUGUGUGAUCUCAGCAUCAGUCUCUCUCUACCUCUGGAGGUGGAAUAUCAGGAUAAAAACACCUACAGCUGUGUGCUGAACAAUCCCAUCAGCAACCAGACCACACAUCUGGACAUCAACACACUCUGCAGACACACAUGUGCAGAAGUUCACAGCUGUGGUUCUAUUGAAGCUGUGAUCCGAUUGGUCCUCUCUGCUGUGGUGGGCGUGGCUACUGUCAUUCUUCUGGUUUAUGACAUCAGAUCCACAAGAGGAGGAGGCUAAUGGAAGAUCAGUUGA